ACUCGGAGCUGAACACCCGGCCGGACCCUGGCCGCUGAGCUCUGGAGCCUGCGCAGAAGGCGUCGGAGGCGCAUGCUCUGUAGCGGUCUCUGCCCCCAGCAUUGGCGCCCGCGCGGGCCUUUGAGCCCCGCCCGCAGAGCCCCUCCCGCAAAGCCCCACCCGGGUGCGCGGGCAUGGCGGCCAGCCUGUGGAUGGGCGACCUGGAACCCUACAUGGAUGAGAACUUCAUCUCCAGAGCCUUUGCCACCAUGGGGGAGACGGUAAUGAGCGUCAAAAUUAUCCGAAACCGCCUCACUGGGAUCCCAGCUGGCUACUGCUUUGUAGAAUUCGCAGAUUUGGCCACUGCUGAGAAGUGUUUGCAUAAAAUUAAUGGGAAACCCCUUCCAGGAGCCACACCUGCGAAACGUUUUAAACUGAACUAUGCCACUUAUGGGAAACAACCAGAUAACAGCCCUGAGUAUUCCCUCUUUGUGGGGGACCUGACCCCAGACGUGGAUGAUGGCAUGCUGUAUGAAUUCUUCGUCAAAGUCUACCCCUCCUGUCGGGGAGGCAAGGUGGUUUUGGACCAGACAGGCGUGUCUAAGGGUUAUGGUUUUGUGAAAUUCACAGAUGAACUGGAGCAGAAGCGAGCCCUGACGGAGUGCCAGGGAGCAGUGGGACUGGGGUCUAAGCCUGUGCGGCUGAGCGUGGCAAUCCCUAAAGCGAGCCGUGUAAAGCCAGUGGAAUAUAGUCAGAUGUACAGUUACAGCUACAACCAGUAUUAUCAGCAGUACCAGAACUACUAUGCUCAGUGGGGCUAUGACCAGAACACAGGCAGCUAUAGCUACAGUUACCCCCAGUAUGGCUAUACCCAGAGCACCAUGCAGACAUAUGAAGAAGUUGGAGAUGAUGCAUUGGAAGACCCCAUGCCACAGCUGGAUGUGACUGAGGCCAACAAAGAGUUCAUGGAACAGAGUGAGGAGCUGUAUGACGCUCUGAUGGACUGUCACUGGCAGCCCCUGGACACAGUGUCUUCAGAGAUUCCUGCCAUGAUGUAGCCAGGCCAAAGGACUAGCCAGGCUGCACUGUGUGAGGGAGAUUAGAGACUCCUUUUAAAAAAAAAAAAGAAAUGUGAAACCUUUUUGGAAAUAUGAUUUGUAAGAUUUUAAUGACUGUUUCUGGAGAUCAUGAGUAUUUCUACAACA